GAAGUGAAUGUAGCUUGUGAGUGUGGGUUUGUUUAUCUGAUUUCCAGUGCUCCAUAUCAGACACCUGAAUAUCGUUGUAUGGGGAGCUGAUCUCAGUGCACCUUUUCCUAUAAGCAGCAAGAGCAGCUUGCUUAGUCACUAUGCAUACCCGAGCUCGCUGUAGGUAGCAUUCAUGCAGAUGGGCAGAAAUGGCUACAGAUAAGAGAGAUGCCAUAUUCUGGUAUCAAAAAAGGAUUGGAGCCUAUGACCAGCAGAUAUGGGAAAAAUCACUGGAACAGACUGAUAUCAAGGGAUUUAAGAACAAACCGAAGAAGAAGGUUCAUAUGAAAUCUGAUUUGAUUGAUGUUGAUCUUAUUAGAGGGUCAACAUUUGCCAAAGCUAAGCCUGAGAGCCCUUGGACUUCUCUAACCCGGAAAGGCUUAGUAAGAGUUAUGCUAUUCCCAUUGUUCAGUAAAUGGUGGAUUCAGGUGACCAGUCCAUUCGUCUUUAUUUGGUUAUUGGUGCUUUACCUAAUGCAAGCGAUAGCGAUUGUGCUGUAUUUUAUGGUGCCUGCUGCAAGUGUGAGUGAGCAGUUGGGACCUACGUGCCUCAUGCUUCUCCUUGGGACUGUGCAUUGUCAGAUUGUAUCUACACAAAGUAGCAGAGUAUCAGGGAAAAAUGGAAUCAAAAGACUGAGAAAGUUCCGGAAAUCAGUGAGCAGCGAUGACAAAAGGCAAGUCAGCAAAAGGUCCAAGGCCUCAACUACUUUUACCUCUCUCCCAUCUUUUUCCUACAAGAGGAUUAUAAAACGAAAUAUUGCAAAUAAGAUAACUGAGAAAGACUGUAACUGUGCAGAUGCUGCAAGAAGAACUAAACACUCUGGCAAGCCUGGAUCCUGCGACUCAACAUGCAAAAGUGCAGUGUAUGAUGAGGACAGUAACCAGACGGAGACCAGACAUGCUGGAAACGGAAUGUCUGAAGACUUGACAAGUGAGGACGAUUUGGUUACAAAGAAUGAAUUGUUAUCUCUGCGAAGAAGCAUUGAGGGAGCGUCAAGUGAUAAUGGCUGCACAUUGACUAAAAGAAAUCUGCACUCAUCGGCUACUAACACUCAGAAGGAGAGCAGAAAGGCAAGGCCUAGUCACCUGGUAAGAGAACCAGAGAGUCCAGAAGAUUCAGAAGACGAAUCUGUCUUUAGCCAGGGCUCUAGAUCUGGGGUAAGCUGCAGCUCUCGUAGUUACAGUGUCUCAUAUCGGGACUCGGAAAGCACAAGACAAGACUCAGAGACAGAGGAUAGGCUGAUGGAUGACCUGCUGCAUGGACCACAAUGUCGGUCAUCCUGUGAGAGUGACACUGAUGAUGACCUAUCACAGAGCUGCUCUGCAGAAAUUAGGAGAGCACCAAUAAAAGACGUAUUUCAGCUGAAUCAUUUAUUUUGGCUGCAAGGCACAAGCCCCACAUCAGAGCGCGUUAGCGCUAUCAUUUGGGAGAGGGAUGAGUGUAAGAAGGCCGAUAUGUCUGUACUUGAUAUUAGUGGGAUCAUCAUGAAACAGGUGAGCUCCUAUGAACAUGGUGUGGGCUAUCAGAUAUGGGGAAACGUGGUGACGCUGGGCUUGGCAGUCUUCCCGUUUCUUUUCCGCCUCUUCAAUCAACGAGACUUGGAGCAGAUCCUCUCAGUGACCGGGCAGGAACUCCUUACUAUCAUCUGUGGGGGGCCACCAACUCUUCCACUGCUGGUGCUGUCUGUCAUUAAUCUGGUGCUGCGAGCUUGCCUCUCGUGGAUGUUUUUCUUUUUGAUGUGUGUGGCAGAAAGAACUUACAAACAGAAAUUCCUGACAGCUAAGCUGUUUAGUCACCUGACCUCAGCCAGGAAAGCUCGGAAGUUUGAGAUUCCUCACUUUCGACUGAAGAAGGUUCAGAACAUUAAGAUGUGGUUAUCCCUGCGCUCUUAUCUAAAGAGACGUGGGCCCCAGCGAUCUGUAGAUGUGAUUGUGUCUUCAGUCUACUUAUUAACACUGUCAAUUGCCUUCAUAUGCUGCGCUCAGGUCCUUCAUGGAUACUCUACAUUCCUAAACUUUGUUUACAACUGGGAGUUCUUAAUUUGGGAGACAGCUCUCCUAAUCUUCCUCUUACGUCUUACAUCUUUGGGCUCUGAAACCAACAAGAAAUAUAGCAAUGUCUCAAUAUUACUAACUGAAGAGAUAAAUUUAUACCUUAAAAAUGAAAAGAGAAGCCAAAACAAGAAGGAACAGCUAACUAUAGUGAAUAAUGUGUUUAAAAUUGUCCUCAAAACUCAUCAAGGAGAUGGACACACCUUUUCGGCUGUAUGGGCUUGCUAUGAAUCCUUUAAUUUAUAACAUAACUCGAGUAGUCAUCUUGUCUGCAUUGUCCGGAGUUGUGAGUGACCUUUUUGGAUUCAAUAUCAGGUUGUGGAAGAUUAAACCAUGAAAGAGAAAGCUGCACAUUGCAGUGUAUUCAGUAUUCAUUCUAUGGGACUCUUCACAAGGCCGAAAUAGCUUUUCAUGGACACGGCGCUUGUGUGCAAAUGUACAGAUCCUGCUAUGCAAGCUGCACCGAGCCUGAAAAACUCUACUUCCAAAAGAGAGCAUUUAAAUCUAUAGAGGCAAUAUUUGUCUGAUGCAAAAAAAUAAUGAAAAAUAGACUUUUGCCAGCUACAUCUUUAUAUUUUGUAUAGCAAUAAUGCAACUGUGAAUAUAUUUAUUUGAAGGUUGAGAUAAUUAUAUUUUAUAACAGAAUAUACUGAAUGUUUUUAUGGAGAAAACCCAUUUUGAAGCCGUUACAGCAUCUUAAAGUGCAUGAGGAUUUUAAUAUAUUUUGGAAGAAUCAUAUGUACUUUCCAGCCAAUAAUAUAGAGGUUUGGCAUAUAGGAGGCAGAAAUGGCCGUCUCUGGAUUGUAAGCUCUGUGGGACAGAAUCUGCUUGUUUUUCAGCUCAUUAGAUAUCAGUUGGUUUUGUAACUUGAAUAUGAAAAUGACAAAUGUAUUAAACAUGUACACAGUGCUGUUAAAGGGACAUAAGUGUAUAAAGAAAUAAAUGCAGUAAUGUUUUAUAAGCAUGAAAUAAUAAAUUCCACUGUGUUUAACACCUGCAAAGAGUUACAAUCCGCUCUAGAGCAGCAGCGCACUACUGGGUCUUAAAGGGACACUGAACCCAAAUUUUUUAUUUCUUGAUUCAGAUAGAGCAUGCAAUUUUAAAGGGCCAUAAUACCCAAAUGUUUAAACACUUGGAAGUGAUGCAGCAUAGCUGUAAAAAGCUGACUAGAAAAUAUCUCCUGAACAUCUCUAUGUAAAAAAGAAAGAUAUUUUACCUCAAAAGUUCCUCAGUAGCUACAUCCCAUUGUAAAGGAUUUCUAAGCAGCAUUUUAGUGUGUCUGUCCUGGGACAGCUUAAGGAAUGAGCCUUGUGCACUCUCAUAUUAUUUCCCUAUUCAGCUUACUAUGAAAUCUCAUGAGAGUUAAGUCAAAUCUCAUGAGAUCACAGUAAAAGAGUUCAUGACCUCAGCACUGCUGAUGCUGAUUGGCUGCUGUUCAUUUCUACAUUUUUUAUUUUUUUUUUACCUGCAGCUGAGUAUAACUUUUUACACAGAACUUACUCUGCUGAGCUGAGGAGAUUGUGAGGUAAAAUAUCUUCCUUUUUUACAUAGAGAUGCUCAGGUGAUAUUUUACUGUCAGAUUUUAACAGUUAUACUGCAUCAGUUUCAAGUGAUUUAGCAUAUGAGUAUUAUGUCCCUUUAAGCAACUUUCUAAUUUACUCCUAUUAUCAAAGUUUCUUCAUUCUCUUGGUAUGUUUAUUUGAAAAGCAAGAAUGUAAGUUUAGAUGCCGGCCCACCAAUAAAGUAAGUUUAGAUGCCUUGCUGAUUGGGCAGCACCAAUAAACAAGUGCUGUCCAUGGUUCUGAACCAUAAAUUUGCUGCCUCCUUAGCUUAGAUGCCUUCUUUUUCAAAUAAAGAUAGCAAGAGAACAAAGAAAAAUUGAUAAUAGAAGUAAGAAGUAAGUUAGAAAGUUGCUUAAAAUUGCAUGAUCUAUCUGAAUCAUAAAAGAAAAAAUUUGGGUUCAGUUUCCCUUUAACUGAAUCCACCAGGGAGCCAAUAAUCAGAGACAUAAGUAUGUAUGCACCAGCUAGCUCCCAGUAGUGCGUUAUUGCUCCUAUACCUACCUAGGUAUGGUUUUCAACAAAAGAUACCAAGAGAACAAAUUAAAUUUGAUAACAGAAUUAAAGGAACACUAAACCCAUUUUUUUCAUGAUUUAGGUAGAGAAUACAAUUUUAAACAACAUUCCAUUUUACUUCUAUUAUCUAAUUUGUUUCAUUCUUUAGAUAUUCUUUGUUGAAGAAAUAGCAAUGCACAUGGAUGAGCCAAUCAUACGAGGCAUCUAUGUGCAGCCACCAAUCAGCAGCUACCAAGCCUAUCUAGAUAUGCUUUUCAGUAAAGUAUAUAAAGAGAAUGAAGCAAAUUAGAUAAUAGAAGUACAUUAGAAAGUUGUUAAAAAUUGCAUACUCUUUCUAAAUCAUGUAAGAAAAUGUUUGAGUUUCAUGCCCCUUUAAACUGAAAAGUCUUUUAAAAUUGCAUGCUCUGUCUGAACCAUAAAAGUUUCAUUUUCACUUUUAAAGGAACAAUAAGCGCCUUGAGAUUUUAUAUAAAAUGUUUAGUAAUCCGUAAUGAAUCAAAUUUGCAAUAUACUUUUAUUAUUCAUUUUGCCCCAUUUUCAUGUAAUUUAGCUCUAAAAAAAUGAGGAUUUUCAUAUACUUAGAACUUAAAAUGCAGCCUGGUGACUUAUCAGGAUAGCUCUGCUACAAAUACGUCUGUAAUUGGCUUUAACUGAUAAGAACUGCAAAACAAUGACAUUUCUUUUACUAACAUUAUGACCAUGGCUAGCCUUGUUAACUGCAAAUUAAAGCCCUGAUUGGCUCCUCCAAAAUAAGGAAAAUGGUGGGUGGAGUUUUGCUACUGAUAAAUAAUUGCAGUAAAUGAGAUGUUAAAAACAUUAAGAUUUUGGCUUUUUUGUUAUCCUACAAUAGCACAACAGAAAUAAAUUGUAAUUACAAGGUGUUAACUGUCCCUUUAAGCUAAAGAAUAUCAUCUGCUCAGGGAAGUGUGGUUAUUUAAAGGGACAGGAAACCCCACAUUUUCUUUCAUGAUUUGGAUAGAACAUACAAUUUAAAACAACUUUCCAAUUUACUUCUAUUAUCUAAUUUGCUUCAUUAUUUUGUUAUACUUUGCUAAAGGAGCAGCAUUUGUACUACUGGCAGCUAGCUGAACAUAUCUAGUUAGCCAAUCACAGGAGACAAAUGUGUGCAGGCACCAAUCAGCAGCAGCUCACACUAGUGUAGGAUAUGUGUGUAUUCAUUUUUAACACGGGAUACCAAGAGAACGAAGCACAUUUGAAAACAGAAGUGGAUUUCAAAGUGUCCUAAAAUUACAUGCUCUAUCUGAAUCAUCCAAAUUUAAUUUAGACUUUCUUUUCCCUUUAAAUAUAUGCAAUUUGUUUUACUGUGCAAAAGAACAGACACGUGUUUUUCUGGAUAUCUCCCAGCACUAAUAUGAUUGUCAUUGGAUGUUAUCGGUGAGGAGACGCCCACUCUUUUGCUUGGCUGUAUGAUUGUAAACCAGCAUGAGAACACAAGAGCUAAAUAGUUAUAUUGCAUUGAUAUAACAGGGAAUAUGUUUUGUAUUAAAUGUAAACUUGCAUUGUGUUA